AUGAUUAUUAGCCAAAACCUUAUUAAUAAAUAUUCGUAUUUCAAAUAAUUAGAUAAAUUAUACUAGAUUUAAGAUGUUAAAAGCGAUUUCACAAUUGAAUCAAGAAAACUUCAUAUAAUAUUUAUGACUUUAUCAUACCAUCAAGGACAUCCACAUGAUAUAAUUUCAAGGAUUUAAGAUGUUCAAUAAUUUCCUUAUCAAUUAUUAUUAUUACUUCAUCUAGACAUUAAGGAUGAGUUUAACUACCUUAUGGAUCUCCAGAUGACCCUGAUACCAUACAAAUGCAAAUUGAUUAUUCUAUGGACUCAAAAUGAAGUUAUAGAUUUUUUUAAAAGAACAGCUGAAUUGAAAUGAUU